AUGUCUUCCGCAACCCGAUCCGUAGCCCUGGUGGGCCUCAUGGCCCUCUUUGCCAACUUAGGCCAUACUCAGUCUAUCCCUAUAGUUUAUUGUGCAAGCAUCAACACAGCAUCGACAGCAGCCAACAGCAGUCAUUAUCAGUCUGACGGGCUGUGUCACGACUUCUGCGAAGCCACUUCCGCCUUUGCUGUGGUUAAAUAUAAUCAAUGUUGGUGUAGUGAUUAUGUGCCCGACGAGUCAACUCAGGUAGAUACCGGGAAGUGCGAUACCUCAUGUCCUGGCUACCCAAGCGAUUUAUGCGGAGGUGAUGGACUAUGGGGAUACAUGUCUCUUGAUCACCAGCCUUCCGGCACCAAGUCGGCCAGCUCUGCUUCUUCUACUAAAACGUCAAGUCCUGACCCUACGACAAAGACUUUACAAAAUACAGUCACUGUUACUCCAACGGUUCACGCGACCACGGCCGUUCCUGAUACGACGACGUCGAAAUCAGAAGGUAGCACUACCACAUCUACACCUGCACCUACGACCCCGAGUGUAUCUACGGUUACCACGGGAGGUACUGUCAAAACAGUUACCAUAAUGCCUACGGUUACAGAUAACCCAGAUGCAUCACCGGAUGCCAGUUCAAGCGGAAUACCAGCAAAUCAACAUGGACUCUCAACCGGCGCGGCAGUUGGAAUAGCAAUAGGUGUGUUUGCUGCUGUAGGCCUCGCUAUAGGUAUAGGCCUUUUCUUCUGGCUCCGCCGGAGAAGACGAGACCAGGGUGAUGCUCUUGGGGACUCACCCGCAAGUCAGCGCGGAAGCUCAGUGGGCAUGAUGAGCACACCGACGACCGGAAAGGCAUCGGUAUGGGAUGGCGAUAAUACAUCAGGUCGGAGAAAUAGUCGGUUUAUGCCGCAUGAUCCCCGCAUGGACCCAUUUGCUGCAAAUAUCUACAGCCGCGAGAACAAGAGCCAAGAGAGCAUUAACACACUGCAAGAUAACCACGAUUAUUCGCGAAAAGUACUUCGAACCACGAAUCCCGAUCCUCCCGAGGCCGACUAAAAUUGCAUGGUCUGAUCUACGGAUGGAUUGGUAAGCCGUCUUAGAAAACGGCUAACGACGUACACGAUCUCUUUCUGGUCGAACUCAUAGUUGGACCAUUGCAUUGCAUUUUCAAGAUACCAGGCCCGGCGUUUAGAGGAGAAUGAGAUUCUAGGACAAAGUCAAGGGGUUUUGCGCACACAUAUACUUGGCAUCGUAGCGAGCGAUGACACAUUCAAUUCUCGAUACUGAUUUUGUUCUCUGGCUCGGUAUAUGAAUAUCCACCGCGAGGGGAGAGGGGUAGUUCACAGCAACUGCGAUCGUUAGACCGGUAUGUACGAAAAAAGGAAGCGCCUAGAUGGGUUUUUUAUUUGGAUUUCCGGAUUUGGUUGGAGGAGAUGCGGAGCCGAGGGUAUGGGAAUAAGGAGCGAAGCAUGGCAUUUUUAGUAAGGACAUAUCGCCAGUACAUACAGGAAUAAUAAAAGGUCAAUAAGCAAUUGCUCAUGGUUAAUAGUGAGGG